CCGGGUGGCCCCGGCCCGCUGCUCCUCCCCCGCCGCGCCCCGCCCGGCCCGGGGCGGGACCCGCCUGGGCGCGCCGACCAGGUGCAGCGCCCGGUGUCGGGGGCCACUGGGCCCGCAGCGGCGUCGGAACCAGGAAAGCAGCUCAGGCACUGGUGAGUGGAGGCAGCCCAGGCCAUGUCAGAACUGUGAGCGAGCUCUGGGCAAUUCUAAGGCACCAGCCAGCCCUGCCGACAAUCCUGACCCAGCUUCACUGCUUCAGGAUGCUGAGCCUGAGGCUGCCCAGGCUGCUCCGGGUCGACCAGAUGCCCCAGGUCUUCCAUGAACAAGGCAUCCUGUUCGGGUACCGGCACCCGCAGAGCUCUGCCAUCGCCUGCGUCCUCAGUCUCUUCCAGAUGACCAAUGAGACCCUCAACAUCUGGACUCACCUGCUGCCCUUCUGGUUCUUCCUGUGGAAGUCAGUGACCAGGUUCUACGGGACGGACAUCCAGCAUGACAGCUACUCCUGGCCUCUGCUCGUGUACAUGGGCACCAGCUGCGUGUACCCCCUUGUGUCCAGCUGUGCACACACCUUCAGCUCCAUGUCCCAGAAGGCCCGCCACAUCUGCUACUUCCUGGACUACGGUGCCGUCAACCUCUUCAGCCUGGGCUCGGCCAUCGCCUACUUCGCCUACGUGUUCCCCGACGCACUCAUGCACACGCGGUUCCACGACUGCUACCUGAGCGUGGCCGUGCUGAACACCAUCUUCAGCACUGGCCUCGCCUGCUACUCCAGGUUUCUGGAGACGCAGGGGUCCAGAUUGUACAAGCUGCUGCGCGUCCUCGCCUUCGCCUACCCCUACAUCUGGGUGUCGCUGCCCGUCCUCUACAGGCUCUUCCUGCUCCCAGGGGACAGUGCCCUGAGCGAAGCCACCUUGUACCACCAGAAGCACACGGCCAUGACCCUCCUGGCCUCCUUCUUCUACUCCGCACACCUGCCCGAGCGCCUGGCUCCCGGACGCUUUGACUACAUCGGGCAUAGUCACCAGCUGUUCCACGUGUGCGUGGUCAUGGCCACACACCUGCAGAUGGAAGCCAUCACUCUGGACAAGAAUGUGAGGAAGGAGUCGCUCCUGAUCGCUUCCAAGCCCUUGUCUCUGGCUCAGCUCGUGGGAGCCAUCCUCCUGAAUCUCCUCUUCAGCCUCAGCAACGUCAUCUGCUUCUCUGCUGCUCUGUAUCGGGUCCCUGAGCCCAAAGGACAUCAAAAAGAACUAUGACUUCUACCAUCACUGGUGUGUGCCAGGCAGCAACUUUCACCUGCAGCCCACAAAGCAUCGUGGACCUGCAACCUGUGGCCUGCCAGGAACACACCGGUGUCUUGGUAUUUUUGGGUGGGUUUGUGUUCAAAAACUGGGGGAGUUUCUCUAGAUGUGCACUGAUCCUAUGAGUGUGGUUUUAUAAGAGGGUGACACGGGUUCAGGAGAGUCCUUAUUCAGGAGAAUCAUGAAUACUUCAAGAGGGUUUUCAGUUGAUUUCAAAUAAGGUUUCUGAUUCCAUUUAAACCUUCAGAGUUUGACUACCAAACAGCUGGAUUAAGCUUCAUGGGUAGGAUUCAUCAGGCAGCAUUGUUCUUUGAAAGUGAACUUUUUAGGACCGGAGAAAUGUACAAAGGUGAAGGCACUUGCCUUGUAUGCAGCUGAUCUGGGUUUCAUCUCCAGCAUCCCAUAAGGUCCCCCCAGGUCACCAGGAGUGACCUCUGAGCACAGAACAGGAGUAAACCCUGAGCACUGUCAGGUGUGGCCUAAAAACCAAAAAAAAAAAAAAGAAAGAGACUUAUUUGAUGGACGUUAAUGCAUCAGCAAAGCCCUUCCCAAGGGCUCUGUGUGUGUGACUCUGUCAUCUGCUUUGGGAGGAGCCUAGAAGGUCAGUGAGGAUCUGUUGAGUCUGGACAUGGAGGCCAAGGACGUGCAAAGACCGUGUGGGUGGGUCCUUCCCCUCCCAGUGAAGGGAACGGAUGGGCAAAGGAAAUGGAUCAGAGGAAAACCAUUUUCCACAAGUCUUUCCCUUCCACAGCUUAGCCGGCUGGGUUUGGAUUUGGAAUGUGGGAGCUCACAACCUCUGCUUGGGGUCACGUAUUCUGAUUUGUUCUAGUUUCUUGCUGCCAGGUUGGUAUUGCAAAGGGCGGUGUGGCGCAGAAUGCAUUUCAUCAUGAUUUCAUCGAGCUGGCGAGUCUAUCCCAUCCUCAGUGCUUGUCUGUCCCUUUUAAACCAACGCUGGCACCAUACAUGGGCUGAGUCACACUUGGUGCUGCCUCAGCUUUUCAGAUAGGCUGCAAAAUUUAGUGGGCCCCAGACCAGGAUGCUGAUUGUGACGCUCAGGCCUUAUGAUGAACCAGGAAUUCCGGGCACAUUUGGGAUGCAGAUUCUCCAGGCAUGCCGGAGACAGACUCUGCUUUACUGUGUUGAGUGCAGGCUUCCUGGCCCACAGAGAGAGUACUGCAGGGAAGGUGCAUGCCUUGCAUGUGGCCAACCCAGGUCCAAUCCAUAUGGUCUCCUGAGCCCCACCAGGAGUGACCUGAGUGCAGAGCGAGGAAUGAGCCCUGAGCAUUGCCCGGUGUGUAUGUUUAAUGCUAGAGAGAUGGCUCAAAGGAGUGGAGCACAUGCCUGACAUGUGUGACCCUUAGUUUGAUCUCUGCUAUGGUGUGCCCCUCCAGGGGUCUCCUCUCUCUCUCUCUCUCUCUCUCUCUCUCUCUCUCUCUCUCUCUCUCUCUCUCUCUCUCUCUCUUUCUCUCUCUCUCUCUGUCUCUGUCUCGCUCUCCUCUCUCCUCUCUCUCUCCCCUCUCCCUCUCUUCUCCCGUCCCUCCCCCCUUCCCUCUCCCCUCCCUCCUCCUCCCCCUCCCCCUCCCUCUCCCUCCCUCCUUCUCCCUCUCCCCUCCCCCCUCUCACAAACCCCCAGGAGCUGAGCCUCAGGCCACACCUAGACAUUUGUCCUGAAUUCCGGAAGACUGUGGGGGCCCUAUCUGCUUUCUUCAUUUUUUUAAGGACCGUCCCAACAGAGCUGCAGUGCUGCACCCUGCGGUGUUCAGGAAGCCACACCUUCCUACUGAGGACUGAGCCUGGGCCUCUGUGCUUGGAGGCAUGUUCUCGCCCUGGAGCCCUUCCUGGCCCUCUCAGUCUUAUUUUCAUGAAUCUGGUUUUUAGCAGCAUACUGCCCAAGACAGUGCCACCCUCUCUGCAUAGCACACAGACACUGAGCUCAGCGUUUUCUCUCCAGCUGCAUUACUAAUUACAGCUCAGUAUUUCUUUUUCUUCUUUUUGGGUCACACCGGCGAUGCACAGGGGUUACUCCUGGCUCAUGCACCCAGGAAUUACCCCUGGCGGUGCUCAGGGACCAUAUGGGAUGCUGGGAAUUGAACCUGGGUCAGCUGCAUGCAAGGUAAACGCCCUACCCGCUGUACUAUUGCUCCAGCCCCAACAGCUCAGUAUUUCAUAGUGUUUUCAGGGAAUACAGAAAUGCUGAUGCAAAGUAAUUUUUAUUUACAAAGGCCCUUGCUAAUGACAUCCUUCCCAGUGCUGAUUGGGCUGAAGCAAGAAUACCCACAUGUCUUAGAAUACCACCUCCUUUAACUUGCAGUAUAACAUUUGAAUGGCCUUGCAGAUAGUUCAUUGUCCAGUCCUCUUAGGCCAAGUAGUGAUAAGUAUUGGAUGAAGGUGGAUGAGAAAUAGGGCAUGAUUCAUUUUAUUAUGCUUUCUUCCUCUUGGAAAGGUAGGCACACUGAUACAAUUCUGAGGGUUGGUCAAUAUUUUUGUACAUUAAUUUUUAAUUGCAAUUUUUUUUCUUUUUUGGCAACAAGUUAACAUCGUUAGUGGAAUUCUCCAGUGUGUCUGUGAGUUAAACUAUUUCAGGGACACAGAGUUUAAGAAAAUUACUCUAAUCCAGAAAUACCAAGCUCCAGGGCGGGAGAGAUAGUACAGCAGGUAAGGUCCUGGCCUUGUAUGCAGCCAACCCUGGUCUGAUCCCCCGCACCCCACAAGGUCCCCCAAGCCACACCAGGAUCUCUGAGCCUGAGCAUAGAGCUAGGAAAAAGCUCUGAGUACUAUCUGGUGUGGCCCUAAAAAGCAAAACAAACAAAAAACUCCCGAAAUGCUAAGAAGUCUCUUAUUUAGAGAAUAAUGUCUUUUGUUUAGCACAGAAGAAAUUGAAAGGAAACAGGGAAUGAAUUUGAAGGACUUUUAGAUUAUUUCAUCUUUGGUUAUUCAGUGUUUGCAUCAUGCUUUAAAAUGUUAAAAUAACAAAAUCAAAUCAGGUGUUUCAUAAUGUUUUCAAGACUUCUGCAAACUUGAGUCCCUUGUAUACUUUUGGACAAAUAAAAAUUGUACAACAGUUUGCAAUAUGUUGAUUUGAAGCUUCUCCUAUGAAGUGAGAAUAUAUUCAGAUAGAUUGUCAUUAAAUAUUGUCUUAUGUGGGAAUUAUUUUGCCCAUGUCAUCCCAGAAAGUCUAAAAAGUUGGCAGGGGAAGAUGUCUUUUAAUGUAGUGAUUUUCAAAAAAACACUGUGAUGUACCAACAUACCGAAGAGAUGUGACAGUCCCUUUGGUAACAGUUGCUCACCACAAGGGAUUAUGGGAGGCUGGGGGCUCUCUCCUGAUGGGAUGUAUUUCUUCCUUCUACCCCGGCUUGUAAAACACUACUCCAAGAUUUGUCAGCACUGUAGUUGCAUAAAAUUUGUGUUUGAAGAAGGCCAUUUAAUCAACUUCAUCCCUUAUACUCACUGUUGAAUUCAAUUCUAUGUUGUUUGGUUUUUAAAAGAGACUCUGUUUGUUAUCUUUUAAAGAAAUGAACCUAUCAUGGUUGACUAGAAUUAUAUGUGGAACAUUUAGAAGCCUUGUGUUACAAAGUGAUUUAAAUAUAUGGUCUCCUGAGUUUUUUGAUCCAGGUGACAGGGUUUAUUUGUAGAACUCUGUUGGUAUUCAAAAUCUCUGAGGAAGGUGGAUGAGGUUGGAUGGUAUUCUUAGCUAUGUUGGAGAAAUUCUUCAUUUGGAUCCAGUGGGUCCCAAAUUUGUUUGGCUCUUGUACUACUUUUACCUGAAAUGACUAUUGAACAACACUGUUUAAUCAAUACUUGAUCACAUAUUCACUGAAUGCCUACCUGGGGUUUUCUAGUCCGUUAUGAAACAGAGAUGUUAAAAACCCAUUUCCAAACUUGGAGACAGUCUUCCAAUUUAACGCUGAUUUUCUUAGACUAUGGAGAGAAAAAUAAAAAUUAUUUAUUUUUUAAAAGUU